GCGCGCUGGUGGAUCCGUCCCUCCAAUUCGCAAUACUAUUUCCGCCGCGGUACAUCGGAGUGUCUCGGUCGUCCAUCUUGCUCGCUUGUCCGCGCGAGCGUCUCCGAUUCAUGAGCUGUGCCUGCACCCGUCUGCCCAUCGUCCUCGAGCCGAGACUUGCUGUUCCUAGAGUCGUUGAAUGCUAAGAUUGACCGCACGUGUUCACAGUUGAACCUCUCGAAACUCAAACGCCGACGGAUAAUUAUUCAAGUUCUGAAGCUUAAGCAAUGGACGGAGCGCCAGGAGGUAGAGGUGGAUUCCGCGGCCGCGGAGGUCCCGGUGGAUUGAUGAGAGGACGCGGCGGUUUUGGAGAGAGAGGAAGAGGUGGCCCUAUGCGAGGCGGUAACAUGAUGCGCGGCGGACGUGGCAACGGACCUGGCGGUGGCAUGAGAGGAGGCCCACCUAUGAGAGGCAGAGGUGGUCCUCCUAGAGGUGGUCGUGGUGGACACGGUGGACAUUUCCCCCCUGGUCCACCAGAACCUGGAAUGUCCAGCGGACCCGGUGGUGGCCCGCCACCUUUAGGAAUGGGUGGUCCUCCGCGAGGUGGCGGUGGAAGGGGUGGCGGAAGCAACAGCUUCCGCAGCAGAGGCAGAGGCGACUUCGGCAGGGGGGAUAGCCGCGGGGGUAGCAACAAUUUCCGAGGUCGUGGCAUGGAUAGAGGCAGAGGAGGAUCUAGCGCGAUUCACUAUUUCAGAGGAGGAUCAAGUAGAGGUGGACCAAGCCGCGGGGGUGGCUUCAUUGAUCGUGGCGGUCGGGGGGCAGGCGGACGUGGCGGCCCGACAAAACGAGGGGGCCCGCCCAGCGCCAGUGGACCCUCUAAGAGGCCGCGCUUUGAUCAGUCGUCUUCCCAGCCAUCCAAUGGCUAUGCCACUCAACAAUCUAACCAAGGCGGUUACGGAGGUUCAAAUAAUGCCUACGGCGGCCAGCAGCAGCCUCAGCAGCAACAGUCCGUUGGAUACGGCGGCGGUGGCUACGGCUCGCAGCAGGGCUACACACAGUCUUAUCAGGGCUACGAGAGCUACCAGCAGCCCCAGGAUUAUGGACAAACGGGUUACCCAUCAUCCGCAUCAGAUAACAGAUACGGCGGAGCGUCGUCGGUUUCGGCUGCAGGAGGAUUUGGCGCUAACGAUCCCUACAGUUACGGCAAAGCUCCGCCAUCAGCCAAUUACCAGCAGGAGGCAGUGUCAACUGCGGGGCCGGGUGGCGGGGGCGGUUAUGCCCCUGCUAACCCAUACGACGACCAAUCUAAUGCCAACGUAAUCAACCGGGGUGGUUACUCGACGCAACCUUACGAUUAUCCGAAUCAGGACGGUGCUUAUGGGAAACAGGACUAUGGUGGCAGUGCUGGUUACCAAAACGCCCAGUCUCAGCGACGUUAUUAAAGAUAUCCGUCACUUAAUUAAUCAGUCCGCUCAUUAAUUUUGUAUCUAAGUAGACCACAAUUCUCCCAGGCGAAAAGAGAAAAAGAAAAGAACCGAUCUCGAAUCCGGUCUCCCGUCGCACGAGAAAGGGAAUGUUCUCUCCCGUUGAGGAAAAAAAGAAAAAGAAUUGCGAGAUAUUUCGACGGGAGAACGACGACAAUCGAGGAAUCUGGAAGCAAAAUGACGACGUUUCGAUACCGAGAUGUGCUUGGACACAAUUGACAGUUGUAUGUUGCUUUUCGUAGAUUUCGACGUGCACACGUGGCGUCGAGAAAGUCGGGGAAUUAAUCGGCCCGCGACGUGUGUCAAAAUUAUUUCAUUAUCUGAUAUUGCACUGUUUUUUUUUUCGCGUUGAAACGUUUUCAACUCCGGCGAUCACCGCGUGUUCGAAGAACACGUUUCGCCCCGAGCGGCUACCUUGAAAGCCCUCGGUCUUUGUCCACCGUUGAUUCCCAGCUUUUUCCUGGCGCGCCGCUUGCUCCUCGUCACUUUGCUUCCAAGAUCUUUCGCUUCCGCUCGCUUUGUCUUCGUCUCGUGCGCGUUGAACAUACUUGAUCGACAUAUGCCGCUUGACGACAUAGGGAAUACAUAUUUUAUACUUGACAAUUAGCAUAUACACACUACAUUAUUUCACUCUACGUCGCUUGUUACGACAAUCUACGAUUAAGUCCCAGUCGAGCGGUAGCUUCCUCGACCAUUUUCUCUUCACGAUUUGCGUAGCGUAAUUUAACGUAUAAUAUAACAGUAAUAACUUGAAAGAAACCAGCAAUGACGAAAGCGAUAAUGACGACACUGUAAGGUCGGCGUCCUGUUUUGUAAAUAGAGAUCAUAAAUACACCCGUUUCUUGUGGAGAGGAAAAGUGGCAAACGCGCGAUGUAGAACUGUGUACUUCAACCCACGGAGGCUAAUAGGAGGAGAAUGACGUUGAACAUUGACAUAAAACGCCUUUUAAUGUGUCUCGGCAGUCGUCCAUUUCAAUUAACUGAUACCAAAAGUUUAUACCUUUAGCUAGAGUUAAUCGAGAGAUUAUCGAAGAUUUUUUUCGGACCUAUUGGAAGGAUUACCUAUUUUAUAACUUAUUGUAAUUCUUGUUUGUCAAAAUUGCUUAUUUUAUCAUUUAUUGUAACUUUCGUUAGCAUUAGAUUCACCAGUUUUAUAAUUUAUGAAUUAUAUAAAUAAUUCUGCAAGCUACCACGGUAGAUAAAUAACGUUGCAACCGUCGUCGAUAUCCAAUCAUUAUUAGUGUCGCAUAUUGGAGACAAUCGUCAAUUAACCAAUUAAAUUAAAUUAAAUGAUUUUUUUCACCAAGUUGAACGAAGAUGGGAAUUUUGUUUUUCCUCCUCUUCGCAAUUAGCUAUGAUUGCGGAAGGUAACACGAGUCUCGACACCGAGACUCCUUUCCUCGGCAGAGAAUCGUCCGGCCAGCUGAAGGGGACCGAGUAGGAAUAGUGAAUUUCACAAUUCAGUUAUACGAUACCUAAUUCUCUGUCGUGCAUUAUUUUAUAUUGAUUAACGAAACUAGCUUGAGAAUAAUUUGUACUGUGUUUAUUGUAUACGAUACGUCUUUUACGAAUAACACUAUAUAGCGCAUCAUGUUGUUAUGUCCCGAUCUAUUGUAAACGAUCGCUCGAUAAAAAUGAAAGAAUUGAAAAAAAAUGAGAACGUUAAUACAUCGAAGACUUAUACCCUUACCCUUGUUGUCACCUCACCUCACGGCACGAGAAACAGAGAGAAAAGCGGACGAAACACGCAAAAACCAGCAACUGCCCUAGGAAGACAGGCUAACGAAAAAAGAGCGAAUAUGGGCGAAUAAGUGCGAUGAUUGAGACGAAAGAUUAUCUUGGUAAUAUAGCGAUAAAGAAAAAGUAGGUAUACAUGUAAACGUAUUGCGGGAAACAUAGACGGAUGCCGUUUCGGGGAUCCGAGAUACCGAGCCGUUCCUUGGUCUACGAAUUCCUCGAUCGUUUGGAGUCGAUCUUUUCUUUAACGAAGGUCCCAAGGGCGCCGCUAGAUUAUUUAUAUAAGUAGUGGGAGAUUUUUCGGUAAAGUCCCGACGACACUCGCGUCUGAAUAGGUGGCCAGAUUUAAACGGUUUUGUCCAAGUUCAAAUUAGACGUGUGUUUAGUGUGGGGAAAUAUGUGUAAACGGAUAAUGAUCUCUCCUUCGACGUUUUCAGUAAGGAAAAAUCGACUCCGAACUGGUAAAAAAAAUACGCGGGCGAGAGGCGAAGAGCUGGAAAUCGUAAUAUCCAGGGUUUAGUUAGAAAAAGGUAAAAGUAAAGAGUAGAUAAUAUUAUUACGGGAAGAAAUAUUCCGCGCGAAAGUGUACAAGAUCGUGUAAAUGUAAAGAUUUUACUUUAAAGCGUAAAGAGUGUCACAUAUUAAUUUCACAAUAACGUUACCAUUUCAGGAAUAUUUCGCACCUGAGUCGUAUCUAAACGUAGCGUUGGAAAUAGUUGACAGAGAUAAUUGGCGAUUAAGUAACCCGACACCUCUUUCUCGUGACUUCUUGAAAAGUUCAAUCGUGUGACAUUAUACAAUUAGUACAAUUCGAUUAUUACAAUUUGAGAAAUAUAAGUACGAUUAUAGAGCAAUACGGUAGAUGCAAUUUGCAGAAUAGAAUAUGACACGAGUACAGAUUAUAGAGCGAUAUAUGAGCGCAGUUAUGCAGCAACAUUCAUAUAAGUGCCAUUUGUAGAGCGUGUGGAUGUGGAGUUUGAGCAGCGAGAGGUACUUGAAGGUACUUAAUAAUGAUCGAACUUGACGAAAAUUGAGUUUAUUUCACAGGCUUAACAACAAAGCUGAGAUACGUAGGAAACUAUGAAUGAAAGUCAAACGGCGAGAGACAGAAAAUAUCGUUCCUCCAGCAAGAACCAUGCCAAAGAUCGCUAAAGAUCGCCCUUCCCCGCUUAAAAGAGAAAAGAAAAAGAAAAAGAUCGAAUUAGUGGGUGCACGGUCCAGUUAGCGCUGGACUCAGAGCUGGACUCGCUUGCGGCGCUGGCUGGACCGGCACCCAAAGUGAGUAAACAGCUAUUUUCGUUAAUUGCACAUGUACUCCAGCAAUAAAUAUAUACGAGCUUUGAGAGCAAUAGAGAUUAGCUAGAGUCCUUGACUUUUAAGUAAUAUAAUUGCUUGAGGUUCCGCUUGUCUUACGUGAAAUGACGAUCUUUCACCCUCGGAGAGUAAGUAAAGGAAAGUAGUUUGCCGUAAGAAGUACAGCUUGUUUUGGUGCACACGAUUCUCUUUUUUAAUUGCGUAUUCUCCUGGGACCGAUUAAUGGGUAAAUCGAAGACGAUUGUCAUGAUAAUAAAUAUUAACCGAGAAGUAUGCUAUAUGAGAAAAUGGGAAAGAGAACGAGCAGGAAAAGUAAUGAGACUAACGCGCGCAAUGCGAAACGCUAAAUAUUAAACAAAAAAAAAAGAGAAUGUCAAAUGCUCGAGUAUACCUCAACCCAAAAACUCAGGUUGAUCGCAACGGCAGCGAGUAGUCGCUCGACUGUGACGCCCAGCGAGAUCAUCACCCACGUGGAAUCGCCGAUAGCCGCCGCAUUACCGGUGUCGCGAUCACGGGGGCCGAGGAAUCACGACGCACCUGGCGAAUAGGAGACCUGAAGUGGUAUUCGAGUUACACAUUUGUGCAAGGAACAUCGCCCUUUUUUUCUGGAUGUCCAUCUCGCUGUUGAUCGCCCCGACGGUCCAGUUCAUUGUUCUUGGAGGCCGUUUGACGCGGGACCUGAACUUGAAGCUGGUGCAUCGGUUUCUCCUCCUGCAAAAAGAAACAUACGAAUUCAAUUUCUGUCUUUUAAAUCCUAAUUUCAGUCCGUUGGUUUUGUGAACAGACUUGUGUCUUUUAUGUUGAAACUUUUGUGUGAAAUGUACCGAACAUUUAUUUGCAAGAAUAAAUGCCGUUUAUUCUGUUG